AUGUCACAGGACAUUGGGGCUAUGCCUCCACCUGCAGGCGUCACACCCGAUUUCGAUGGCGGUACCGCCCUUCAGAGCUCAAUCGUAGUUGUCUACUCAUGUACUUUCGCGUUUGCAACAAUCACGAUGUGCCUGCGGCUUUACAGUGCUGGCUUCAUUCUCCGGAAGCUGGACUGGGACAUCCCUCUUAUUAUUCUUGCCUGGGGAAUAUCUCUUGGAUUCUUUAUAGGUGUGGUUCUUGCGAUUCCCUCUGGCUUUGGAAAACACCUCUGGGAUGUCAGGGCAACGAGCCUUCCUGGCUAUUUCAACGCCUUCCAACAGCUUCUCCUCGUCCUCGGUUUGACUUACGUAUGGCCUCCUACGCUUACGAAACUCGCCAUCCUCGUGCUCUACUACCGUCUCAUUCCUAACAAAGGCUUUCACUUGGGCAUCUACGCUAUCGCAGCCGGUCUUGUGAUAUAUACACUGGUUUUCACGAUACUCCUGGCAUGGCCCUGUCAUCCUUUAAAGGCCGGCACAACGACUUGCGUUGUCAAUCUUACUAUAUCCCAGGGGGUUCUUAAUAUCGUCAGCGAUGCCAUUGUUAUCGUCUUACCAAUUCCACUGAUACAUCGGUUGAAUAUGCCCCUCAGACAGCGAAUUACCGCUGGUAUUCUUCUGGCUCUUGGCUCAGCAGUUGUUAUCGUUUCUUGCAUUCGCUUCAGCUAUGUUCAAAAGAUGCAGGAUAACCCUGAUAUUACUUGGACGCAGGCUUCGGCUUCCCAAUGGAGCUGUAUCGAGAUGAAUACUGGAAUCAUUUGCAACUGCCUCGCCCAUAUGAAGCCAUUUAUUCGAAGGCAUCUUCCCUUCCUUACGAAGUUCGUGUCAAGAACAUCGUCUGCUCAAAAGUCCUACCCAAAUCAGCCUAGCAACAGCCAUAGCUAUAACUGGAGAGGCGAUAAGGUAAAUCAUGGCUACCAGCUACACAGUAUCGGACGUUCUCAGCAACCGCCUGCUACCGAAACGGACAACAUAGUUAUUACCAACGAGUAUCAAGUACAAUUCACAGAAUCUAAGAAUAACGGUGGUGCGUCAAGCACAGAGGACAUCUUAAGGGCCUCACAUUAG